AUGCCUGGGGACACGGCGGCACCCCCAUGGCGCUCACCCGGUCGGGGGGGCUCAGCCUCGGGGCACCCCAGGGUACGACCUUCGGAGUACACGGUGCUGCACGGUUUCUGCGUGGGGGGUGCCCCACGACCCCGGUGCCAUCCCAGGACCCCCAUCCCGGCGUACCCUGUGAAGGUGCCUGGUGCAUCUCCAGGACCCACGGCCUCGGCUUGGGGGGACCCCGAGGAUCCCUGGUGCUACCUCAGGAUGCCAUCCCAUGCUGUAGGUGCCCACGGGGUACCCGGCCUGGCGGCCCUGCUGCUGGCAGCGCUGGCGUGGGUGCCCAGUGGGGCACCCACCUGCCCCGCGCUCUGCACCUGCUACGUCUCGCCGCCCACCGUCAGCUGCCAGGCCAACAACUUCUCCUCGGUGCCCGCGGGGCUCCCACCUGGUGCCCGCCGCCUCUUCCUGCAGAACAACAUCAUCAGGGCACUGCGGGCGGGCACCUUCGGGCCCAGCACCGUCACCCUCUGGCUCUACUCCAACAACAUCUCCUCCAUCCAGCCGGGCACCUUCCGCCACCUGCCCGCCCUGGAGGAGCUGGACUUGGGUGACAACCCUCACCUGCGCGUCCUGGCCCCUGACACCUUCCAUGGGCUCCGACGCCUCCAGGCCCUGCACCUCUACCGGUGCCAGCUGGCCAGCCUGCCCAGUGGCAUCUUCCGUGGCCUCCACAGCCUCCAGUACCUCUACCUGCAGGAGAAUGGGCUGCUCUACCUCCAGGACGAUCUCUUUGCUGACCUGGCCAACCUGAGCCACCUCUUCCUCCACGGCAAUCGGCUGCGGGUGCUGUCUGCGGGAGUCUUCCGGGGGCUGCCCAGCCUGGACCGGCUGCUGCUGCAUGCCAACCGCCUGACCACCAUCCACCGCCACGCGUUCCGGGGGCUGGCACGGCUCACCAUCCUCUACCUGUUCAACAACAGCCUGGUGGCCCUGCCAGGGGACCCUCUGGCCGCCCUGCCUGCGCUCCAGUUCCUGCGCCUCAAUGCCAACCCCUGGGCCUGCGAUUGCCGGGCGCAGCCACUCUGGGCAUGGUUCCUCCGCACCCGUGUCUCCAGCUCGCCGGUGCUCUGCGCCACCCCCCCGCACCGUCGUGGCACUGACCUGCGGCAGCUUCGGCCCCCGGACUUCGACGGCUGCCCCGACGAGGAUGAGGAUGAAGCUGGGGGCGGUGGGGUGGCAGUGAUGGGCACCCCUGGGCGGGCACUGGGUCGUCCGGGCACCCUCCCGGCCGCUCCGCCCUCCGCCUUUUACCGCGACGGCCUCCCCCCCCAUGACCUGCGGGGAUCCCAGCCCCGGCCGCCUCCCCCGUCCCGCGACUCCCGCGGCCCUCCCGAGGACACACAGUGUCCCCAGGUCCCCUGUACCCCUCCGGCCGCCGCAGCCCCUUGCCAGCCCCCCACCCUCCUGCCCCUCCUCACCCUCCUCCUGCUCUGGCUCUGA